CGGCAGCAGCAGCAAAGUGCUCUGAUCUUGCGAUGGGAGCGAGCUCAGGGUGUGAUUUGUGCACUCCCAGCGUGUGAUUCAUGCCCUCAUUGACAGUGUCAACGUUACACUUCGUUACUGACUCAGGGACGGGCUUUAUUGCUGGUAGAGAUGAAGAAAGCCCGCUCCUGAUGUGCCAGUGGCAUUGUAAUGACUUUAUUAUUGUUCCUCAUCAGGAAGGUUAAAGAAAAACUUUGUGUUUAGAAAAACUACCUUCCGUUUUGGAGGGAGGGCAUGAGAAACUUGCUGUGGCUUUAACGUCCUGCCGUGAAAGUGAAGUUUAUGUGUGGUUUUAUGGCCCCCACUAAAGCAGAGGGCUGGGCACUGGGUCCGUGCUUCUUCCCUCUCUGGCUGAGCUUUGGGCAGGCUUUUCUCAGCCCCCCCUGCCUGGAAACCAGGGGCAAUUGCUUUCUUCAAGGUGUGGGGCUGUGAUUUUUAUGUCACUGACCACAAGAGAGAACGGUCCUGAUGCGAAUGAUGCUCUGAUGCAAGGGACUGGGGUUAUUUUUUGGGAUCUGCCACUUAUGCCCGCCCCUGGAUGUACCGGGGCUGCUCGGCAGCGGAGGAAACGUCCUCCGCUUUCCUGCUGAUGGGCUGGGAGCCUCAGCUUUUGGGACAGGGGAUUUGCUUUCUUCUUUCAUCCUCUUUUAAGCAGCUGCAGCUCUGGGUGCCAUGUCAGUCCCGGGAGCUGCAGGAGGGUGAGAUUCACUCUCUGCCCUCAACUUGCCAGCUGGGCUACCCCUCUCCCCAGGGGGCUGGCGAUGCCGGGCUCGUUGCCGGUGCUCGGCUGCCCCGGGAGUCAUCUCAUGUUGGAGAGAGCAACAUGAAACGGGGCUUUUCCAUGGGGGUGGGAGGAGCAGCUAAGCCUGGGUAAUGUCAGGGAGGGUACAUGGGUUCAAGUAGCAUCAUGUUCACAACAUCUUUGUUUAAUAUGUUAGUCCAGUUAGUCUGCAUAACUGUCUAAAAAUAGAACAUAUUUUCUCUAAGUCCUCUAGUUCAAAGCCAUUUUUUUCCCAGCGUUGGUCUCUUACCGCUCUCCUGAGCCUAAAAUUCGUACGAAGCUAUUUGCAAAUUGAUCAGGAAAACCAAGAGUAAAUGAACUCUGUUGGAUCCUUAAGUUUCAACCACCCCAGAGGGAAGUUCAUUAAAGUUACAGUAACUUUCUGGCAGUCUCUUAAAGGUGGAUUAAGCAAGUUGAGUAAACAAACCACCCUCUGGCCACCAGAGACCUUUUCCUAGCAUCAACUUCAUGCAUUGUCGUGAAAAGUCGGGAUCAUCAGCCUCUGGCUGCAGGUGGCAUAAGGCAAAGGUGACAUCCUGAUGCUCAAAGCCUGGUGAGGGGUCGGGGUGUCUCUUCUGGGACGCAGAGCGGGGGUUUGUGCCACCUCCCCGUUUCCAGAAGCUGCUGGAGCUCGGGGAGAACGUCUGCGAUGGCACCCGGCGGCGCAAGGGGAGUCACCCCAGCCUGCGGUUCCAGCGUGCGGCAGAGGGAGUGUGUGUUUAAAUUUCAGAGCUAUUGCUGGAUCCAGCCCAGCUCUCCCAGCGGCAUAAAUAUCUGGCCUUCGGCACAGCCGUGGAAAUUCGCCUUGUGUUCUCUUGCAGAUUUCUCGGGGUUUCGGCGCUCCCUGCUGACAUGGUGACUGAGGGGUGGCUCUCGGCGACAGGCAGAGGGGGACAGCUGCUCCGGAGAGGUUAGCAGCACCAGCCUGGUAGGGUCCAUCUCGGAUAGACGCGGAUGAUGCCAGAGCUAUGACAGGGAUUGCAGUCUUGGCACUGAGGGGUGAUCAAUUAUGGAACAACUACAGGAGGAAGUACCUGAGGUCAGGGAAGAGGAGGAGGAAGAGGAAAAGGCAGUGACAGUGGCAAGUGGAGCCUCAGAACCAAGUGGAGGACCAGACAGCUCGCUGCCUUCGAGCAGCUACACAGACCUGUCGCAGAGCUCCUCUCCCUCCCUGUCGGACCAGCUGCAGAUGGGCUGCGAGGAGGCGGCCUUGGGAGCGCUGAACGUGGAGUGCAGGGUCUGCGGGGACAAAGCCUCAGGGUUUCACUACGGCGUGCACGCCUGCGAGGGCUGCAAGGGUUUCUUCCGCCGGACGAUCCGCAUGAAGCUGGAGUACGAGAAGUGCGAGAGGAGCUGCAAGAUCCAAAAGAAGAACCGGAACAAGUGCCAGUACUGCCGCUUCCAGAAAUGCCUCUCGCUGGGCAUGUCACACAACGCGAUCCGCUUCGGCCGCAUGCCAGAGGCAGAGAAGAGGAAGCUGGUGGCGGGGCUGACAGCGAGCGAGAUCAGCUGCCAGAACCCGCAGGUGGCCGACCUGAAAGCUUUCUCCAAGCACAUCUACAACGCCUACCUGAAAAACUUCAACAUGACCAAAAAGAAGGCGCGAGGUAUCUUGACCGGGAAGGCCAGCAGCACCCCACAGCCUUUUGUGAUCCACGACAUGGACACCUUGUGGCAGGCGGAAAAGGGGCUGGUCUGGAAACAGCUGGUGAACGGCAUCCCCCCCUACAAGGAGAUCGGGGUGCACGUCUUCUACCGCUGCCAGUGCACCACGGUGGAGACUGUGCGGGAGCUGACGGAGUUCGCCAAGAGCAUCCCCAGCUUCUUAGGCCUCUACUUGAAUGACCAAGUGACUCUGCUGAAGUACGGGGUGCACGAGGCCAUCUUUGCCAUGCUGGCCUCUAUCAUGAACAAGGAUGGGCUCUUGGUGGCCAACGGGAACGGCUUUGUGACCCGUGAGUUCCUGCGUAGCCUGCGCAAGCCCUUCAACGAGAUCAUGGAGCCCAAGUUUGAGUUUGCUGUGAAAUUCAACGCGCUGGAGCUGGAUGACAGUGACCUGUCUCUCUUUGUGGCUGCCAUUAUCCUGUGCGGAGACCGGCCCGGCCUGAUGAACGUGAAGCAGGUGGAGGAGAUCCAAGACAACAUCCUGCGAGCGCUGGAGUUUCACCUCCAGUCCAACCACCCAGAUGCCCAGUACCUCUUCCCCAAGCUGCUGCAGAAGAUGGCCGACCUGCGGCAGCUGGUGACAGAGCACGCCCAGCUGGUGCAGAAGAUCAAGAAGACGGAGACGGAGACGUCUCUGCACCCGCUUCUGCAGGAGAUCUACAAGGACAUGUACUAAGGACCUGUUAUUUAUGAGAAUGAAGCCAUGGAGUCCCAUCAGGACUUUUUGUACAGGAACACGGAAAAAACCUUUCCCCACGUCUUCCAUUUCUUCUACUGGAAACUCUUUUCUACAUCACCCCGACAUACGGUACAUGGGGCACGAUGCUGCAGGACUUUGCAGCCGCCUCCUGCUGGGCCAGGGCUUCCAUUAACACACACUAACACACCUACAGCGGCAAAGCGUGAGCUGCUCUUUCCGUUACCUCAGCCCAGCCCUUCGGCUGCUCCCCAGGGGCCCUGUUUACGUGGUGGGGUCCCUGCGGCAGCUCAGGACCCUGGGGGGUUGCUCUGGUCGUUAGGAGACCCCAGCACAGUGUGGGGGGAGGGUGUCACACGGCGGGGCCAGCACAGCACUUACAGCCUGUCUUCAUUUUCUUUUUUUAUAUUGCACUCCCGAGGCGUAGCUCUGAGCCGGGAAGCCUGGGACAGUGAAAUGAAAGGAAGUUUUUCUCUUUCCCAAAGAAAAGCCGGAGUGUUUGAAGACGGGGAGGGCUGUCCUGGCUCAGCUGCAGCCCCAGCGUCGCUGUGUGGUGUGGCCCUGUCUCCCGGAGGGAUUGUGUGGUCUCUGCCUUCCCCUGAGUGCCCUGUGGGAGCCCUCACUCCUGGUACCCCCAUUUCAGGGGGAACCUGCCCCUCAGCACUCCUAAAAAUUCACCUUCAGAGCCAAGGCCUGUUUGCUUCCCCGGGCUCUUGUGUGCAGACAGGAGUUACCAGAAGGUGUGUGCAGGGACAGGGACAGACCUGAGACCGGGGGGGGGUUUGCUUGUCCUGCAGCUCCUUUCCCAAGCCCCGGGGCGGGGGGCCUGGGGGCUUCAC